CUUCUUAUGUAAACGAGGCUUGGAACCCUAUCGUCCUUGACUUCGGUCUCAUUCUCUCUCAAUACAGCAUGGCAAAGCGACCUGUCAGGUUCAAGAACACGCUUGCUGUUUUCAACGACGCCUCUCAAACGAGGUUUUGCGAUAGCAGCGGCAGAGAGCACUACUCGCCCGACAAUUCUGCUGAUCUUUCUGAGCUUGUCAAUUCCUUUAUUGAAAGAGACUGUAGAAUUCAAGUAGACAAUGCAAACAAUCAUGAUCCUGAAUAUGAUUCCAAACUCGAACCAUUGGAAAGUUACUGCUCUGAUUCUGAGAACUACAAGAAUAUGUUGGAGAGUUUGCUUAAUGACAAUGAAGACGACGAUGCCAAGAGAAAGAUUCGCGCCCAAACACAAUUUGCAUGUGGGAUCCUAGGGGAAAAGUUUUCACAUAGAUUCAAGCGAAGAUUGAUGUCUCAUUUACGCGAUCAGGGCUUUGAUGCUGGUCUUUGCAAAUCCCGCUGGGAGAAAUUUGGAAGGCACCCACCUGGAGAAUACGAGUAUGUAGAUGUGAAUGUUGGUGGGAAUCGCUUCAUAGUUGAAGUGUUUCUAGCCGGAGAAUUCGAAAUUGCUCGUCCCACCACCGGCUACGCUGCAAUGCUUGAUGUUUUUCCACAAGUAUUCAUUGGCAAGCAUGAGGAGCUCAAGCAGGUUGUGAGAUUAAUGUGCAGUGCAAUAAGAAGGUCGAUGAAAGAGAGGGAUUUGCAUGUACCACCAUGGAGGAGAAAUGGGUUCAUGCAGGCCAAAUGGUUUGGUCACUACAAGCGGACAAUCAAUGAAAUUCCGGCUUCAAAGAGACCAGAACCCGACGAUUCUUUUACUACAAAACUGUUAACUGGUUUUGAGGCUUUCCCAGUGAAGGCUUACCAUUGCAGAGAUGAUUUUGCCAGUAAUAAGAUGAGCUUCAAAGUUGGCUAUUUGACUGCUGCAUUAAAUGGCAGCAGCUUGGAUAUGUAAUAAUAGAAAAGAAUACAUCACUGCAUGCCAAAAUUAAGCUCUCAUGGAUUGGCUGCUGCAGCUGAACUUUUUGUAUAGGAAAAUUAGUGGCAUGCAUUGUUUUAGUAGAUAAUUUCAGAUGAUCAUUUAUUAUAUUUGUUUUAUUACAUUGCCCAAGUUAAGGAA